UGAACUUUCUCAGAGUAUUCACAUCAAAUGAACUUUAGAGAUUGUCGACAUACUUAAGCUUCCGAGUGUCAUCUUUAAAUUAAGCUAGCGUUGGUCCUUUUUAGAACCUCUGCUAAUUAUUUUUUUACAUUUUAACGGCACGUUUCGUAUUGAAAGCGUAGUGAAGUAGUUUCGAGACAAACAACACCUUCACAGGUUGCAGCAAAUGUCCUCCGUGUUUCGGCAUGAAUCUCCUGAAUUUUCAACCGCACAUGUUGCAUUUACGCACCUGCCCGGUCACGGUGUGCUUUCUACUCAAUUAAUCACGCAGCAGGGCAACAACAUGAAGAAGCAGAGGGAGAGCCAGUGCACUCAGAAGACCAUCUCAUUGCUGAGCCCCCUGGGGACGAUCCAAGUCAGUGGAUGUGAGAAUGGUGUGCACACCAUCCAGAUCCUAAUGGAUGUCGCACCUGCUGAAAGGAGCAGCGAGGCCCCCAUGAGCUGUGUGGUCAACGAUAGCCCGGCAGAAACGAGCCCCGAGUUGCAGCGCUGCGUUGAAUGGCUCCAGGCGUACUUCAGUGAGCCGCAGACCACUGGGAGUCUCCCGCUCCCUGCCUUUCACCACCCCGCCCUGCAAGGAGAUGCGUUCACCAGCCGCGUGUUGCAGGUACUUCUGAGGGAUGUGAAAUUUGGAGAGACGGUUUCAUACAAACGCCUCGCUGAAAUGACGGGAAACCCCAGAGCAGUGCGGGCGGUGGGAGGAGCCAUGAGGAGGAACCCGGUUCCUCUCCUCAUUCCCUGUCACCGAGUAAUUUCCAGCACUGGACAGAGUGGGCCGUACAUCAGCGGCAAGGGCGACCAUCUCAAACAAUGGCUGCUCACCCAUGAGAGGCAGAGAGGGGAAGUCUGAAGCAUGACAGAGCCCAACUGUCCUUCAUUCAGUACACACACACAGAUACACACACACACAGGGCCGAUUUUUUUUUUUUUUUUU